CUGCGGGGUACGAGCAUGACAGCGGCCACCGACUCUCAGACGAAGGGCCCGCAGCUGCACGCGCAGUGUAAAUAACGGCGUAGACUUUGUCCGGUCGCAUCCGAGCGCUCGUGCGAACGCGGUGCCGCGACGCCGGGCGAGUCCGCGCUUGCGCUCGUUUGUGUUGACGCGUGGAAAUAGAAUAGAGUGGUUCACUGCGGAGAGUAAAGGAAACCGGUCGGUGGAGGUGAACGGGUUCAGGCCUCGGCUGGAGGAGCUGUUGUGACGUAGCAGCAGAGACGCGCACACAGGCUGCUGCGCCUGCCGGGAUCUCAAUGUGGAGAAAUGACCGCGAGUGACCUCAAAGAAAACACUGUAUUUUAACGGCGCGCGCCUUUUCAUAUUAUACCGUAUUAAAGCAAGAAUGGACGCCGCAUUUUACAUUCGGCGGUUCACGUCGUAUUAAGGCAAAGGGGGGAUUCGGACGUUAGCUUCCUCGGUUGAUUGUCUCAUUAGCUUGGAGGUGGCUAACAUUAGCUAGCUAAGCUAACCGGUUUGUCAUUGCUAGCAGACGGGCUCCUGCAGAUGCUAAGCUAGGCUAGCUGCAGCCAUGGAUAAAGCAAAGUCAAUGGUGGACAAGACAGGCGCGUCGGGACCCUUUCACGUCAGCAACGGGCAAAGCCAGAGGGGGUUUCACGGUCCCGUAGUGGUGGUCACCAACGGCGGCUCGAGCGGCGGACCCAACAGCAGCGGUGGCGCGUUUGACGGCGUGCAUCACCUGCACCGCGGGGACGAUGCCGAGUGCAACGGGUCACCUGCCAAGAGAUGCAGGAUCCGGAGGAGGACGGAGUCGGUGCGACGGAACAGACCCCCCUUCCCCUGGUUUGGUAUGGACAUCGGUGGGACCUUGGUCAAGCUGGUGUACUUUGAGCCAGUUGAUAUAACUGCAGAGGAAGAACAGGAAGAAGUGGAGAACCUCAAAUCUAUCCGCCGCUACCUCACCUCAAAUGUGGCCUAUGGCAAAACCGGCGUCCGCGACGUCCACCUGGAGCUGAGGAACAUGACCAUGUGUGGCAGGACGGGCAACCUGCACUUCAUCCGUUUCCCGACACAGGCCAUGCCCCGGUUCAUCCAGAUGGGCCGGGACAAGAACUUCUCCAGCUUGCACACAACACUCUGCGCAACUGGAGGCGGGGCGUAUAAGUUUGAGAAUGAUUUUAGGACGAUGGCAGACCUGGAGCUGCUGAAGCUGGACGAGCUGGACUGCCUGAUCCGCGGGCUGCUCUUCGUCGACCGGAUGGGCUUCAAUGGACUCCCAGAGGGCUACUACUUCCAGAACCCCUCAGACACUCAGAGCUGUGUGAAAAAGCCCUGCUCACUGGACAACCCCUUCCCCAUGCUGCUGGUCAACAUCGGCUCCGGGGUCUCCAUCCUGGCAGUGUACUCGGAGGACAACUACAAACGGGUGACGGGGACCAGUCUGGGAGGUGGCACAUUCCUGGGCCUUUGCUGUCUGCUGACGGGCUGUGAGACAUUCGAGGAGGCGUUGGAAAUGGCCAGCAAGGGCGACUCUACUAACGUGGACAAACUGGUGAAAGAUAUCUACGGAGGGGACUACGAGCGCUUUGGCCUCCAGGGCUCCGCUGUUGCAUCCAGUUUUGGCCACAUGAUGAGCAAAGACAAGCGAGACAGCAUUAGUAAGGAAGACCUGGCCCGAGCAACACUGGUGACCAUCACUAAUAACAUAGGAUCCAUAGCACGGAUGUGUGCUGUCAAUGAGAAAAUUGAGCGUGUGGUGUUUGUGGGGAACUUUCUUCGUAUUAACACAGUGUCAACAAAACUGCUAGCCUAUGCCAUGGACUUCUGGUCUAAAGGGCAACUCAGAGCCCUCUUCCUGGAACAUGAGGGUUAUUUUGGGGCGGUCGGGGCGCUGAUGGAGCUGCUCAAGACAACGGAGGACCCGUGAUAGAAAAAGGCUACCGUGACAUCGGCAACCCUCAACAAGACGAUGUCAUUGUUUUGCAAAUGCUGUGAUGUCAUCAACUCUCGAUGCUGUGACAUCAUCAACCUUUUACGCUGCUGAAAGGGUCCCGCUCACAGAGGCCGAUAAAGGAACACUAAGAGACACAGAAACUCAGAAUAGCCAUUUUGUUAAUUUAAUCUCUGUAAAUAAUUAAAACCUCUAACGUCCCCUAAACGUCCCCAACAGAGUCCUGCUAGCAUAGAGGUUUUAAUAUUGUAAACUUUAAUUUAUGGAUUCCUGUAAUCUGCUUUGAUUCCUGUCAUGAGCCCUGUGUCAAGAUGCACAGAGACACAGAAUUUUAGUGUUUUUUUUGUUACUGUGUGUGUUUGUGAAUAGCUACUGUAGCAUCACGUCCUGAAGGUUGUAGGGCUCCACGCCACUAUUUGUGCAACAGUUCUGUAUGAUGACUGCACAGAACCGAAGUUACCCUUGAGUGUAGGGCAUUUUUACCACCGGGACCCAAGGGAAUGAUGCUUCUGUGGUCACAGAAACAUCAGACUGCAAAUACACAGGAGUUCUGCUGGUAGCUCUGGCUUGUGAGUCAUUAGUUCUGUUGCACAAAAAGCUGCCCACUGCACUACAGCCUUGUGAGGAGUGCACUGAAGCCAAACCAUGUAGAGGUUCAUACAACGCCAGCCUCCUUCAGCUCAGUUGGAAAGCACGGCAGCAGAGCUUUCUGUUGCUCCACUGCACACGGCCUUUGUUUUACUCUCCUUUGUCUGCCUGCAUCUAAACAUCAACUCUGUCUUGCCACACGUCCAAACUGUACCUAAUGUGCUGUGCUUAGUGUUAGAUGACGGGACCAAGAGAUUGUCUUCCAACCGAUCGUGCUAUUCAGAACCCGGUCUGGCUCAGCAAGAGAGAUGUGAUUCUUUGCUUGAAGUCUCAGUUCAGGUUAGUUCACAGCUUAAGGAAACCUCAGCAGGGUGGAGGUGGGAAUCUACACCCUUGGCUGUACUGUCACCUUGUUUCCGUGUCUGGGUGUUGCGUUGUAAUGUAAUGGGGUGUGCAGCUAAAGCAGUGCACUGAUGCAGUACAAUGGGAACCAAGAUGCAGGAGGAGUCACAGGUCGUGGUUAGGUUGGUUAGAUGUUGUAUUCCCCAGUGUGUACUUGGAUAUGAUUCAUGAUAGCAAACAUUUCCUACAGCCACAGCUGUGAUCACUGCUUUUUAUUCAUUUUUAACCAAACCAGGCUGUACUUCAAUUCACCCAACCAUGAAACGUAGGGUAUUUAGCAGUAUUGAUCAGGAUCAACCAGAUCGAAGCAGAAACACUUUCAGACUGCCUGGUUGUCACAACCUGGGUUCAUCCACACAAGCACCUUUUAGAAGGGAAGUCAUUUUUAAAAAUAGUGAAUUUUCCAAAUACUUGACAGUGUUUGCUUGCGUCUUUCAAUAUUUACUACAUCCCUGACCUGAGUUUCAAUAAUUAAAAAACACUCUUGCUUGGCUGAGUUGCUUCUUAUGAUGUUCAGGUUAAAGACGUUCGUAUUAGGUUGCAGUUUUAAGUACACACUCACCUUAACCUAGAGGCAGAUACAGAAGAGGCUUCAUGGCCAACAGGCUUUGUGGUCUGUUAGAUUAUGACUUGAGGAGAACAUGGACCACACUUGUAGUGUACUGCUCCCCCUCCCCAAUCCUGGACCUUUCACAGCCUUUCAUGUGUUUGUUUUCAAACGGUCCAUAUGCCUUUACGCACAGCAAUUGUGUUCUCUUCUUGGAAUCGCUCGUUGUGCAAUUCAUCUCCACCUUGUUUCUCUACACAGUUGUCAUAUACCUCCAAACCAUCACUACCAACACUUUGGGUGUGUUAGUUUUCUGUGAUUCUGAGCCUAACGUAGAAAAGUCAGUCCAGUGUUGGGGAUGUUCUUGGCAGGAAUUUGUGAACUAUUUAUAAUAACAGUUUAACGGUAAGGGUGAAAUGCUAAUCAGCUAGCUGACUAUUAUGCAAGUUUUCUAAAGAACAAAAUCGACUGAUUGCAGUUAUCUCAUAACAUACACAUGGACUACACUUUGACCCCCGACUAAUGACGUUGCUGCUGUGCAGUUUUGUUUUUUUAGUUACUUUGCAAAAAGACACAGGGCAGUUGGGUUAUAGAUCAAUGAGUUCAUAGGAAGUUGCUAUUUCAUUGAUUUCAUCCGCAAAAACUCACAAUACACUGACAAUUGAAAACAUGUUUUUAAAUGUGAGUAGAUUUGUUGUAAUAGGCCUCAUCAACUACAUAUCAGCUUUAAUAAUCCAGAUGCCAACAACUUUUGAAAUGCUGUUUAAUAGUAUUUUGGAGCACGGUUGUGCAUCCAUAGGCUCUGAAUGCAUCAGUGUGUUCAAUUCUGCUUGUUUCCUGUGGUGAUGAUACUGCAGAUGUUCUUCUGGAAUGCUUCUUGGUCUCUCUCUCCUUUUUCCUAAUAUGCCUUGUUCCAACUCAUGUUUGGAUGAUAAUAGUGGCCUUGACCUGUCAUGUGCCACCCUUCUUCUGACCCCUAACAUUUGCCUUCACCGCUCGGGUUUUUACCUGCUGAACCUCCACCUCACUGUUUUUUGUAAUGUGGUGCAUGCAGAUCAACUUUUGGUUUUAUCUUUCCAGUAUAAUGUUCAAUCUUGUUUUUGCUUUGUGCAUGUGAUUGUUUUAUCCUGCCAUUAAUCUGUAACAGAAAAUUCAGUGCAGUUAUCACACAUUGUAAAUCAGUGUUUUGUGUUUCCCACGUCCAUCGUCUCCUGGCCCCAAAUACUGUACGGUAUGUGUGAAUACCAAAACUAACUUCCACUAAAAGAGUAAAUGUGUUGCUUUUGGAAAGUGACUUUAUUGCUAAAUGAAUUAUUCAUAUCAGACAACCUUUCUUGUAGUGUGGGAGCAUUAUAAAGCACCUGUCCCAUACUUAUCCUACUAUUUUAAUGUGUCUGAAACUCUUAACAAAUGUAAUAAUUGUAGGUUUUGAACACAUGUCAUCCGCUUUGUAGAACCUUUUUGUCUGAUUUUCAUCAGUGAGUGGUUUCAACAGUUUGCAAUCUGUUGCUUAUCAUUUAAUUUAGCCCUGGUAUCAGUGUUGUCUUUUGUUGAAAAUCAAACAUACAUUGUUUGUGCAGAAUGUGGAUGACAUGAGUUUAAAGCGUCUGUAUGUUCCCAGUGAUGAUAUAACACGUAGGAGUUCACACUAGUGUUUUCGAAGGUCACUUAAUAGCUUGAAUUUUUGGUUCCUGAUUUAUAUUGGUGAAACGUAUUGGGAUGUACUAUACACAAUUGUUCUUCUCGUGAAUCCCUUCAUUCUAAGCAGUAUCAUAACUUUUAGGUGUAUCAACUUUACUAAUUUGAAUUUUGAGCAGUGAAUUCUCUGUUACCCCGAGUCAUCAAUAUGGAUGUUUGUCUUCUGCAACUGUCCGGAUUGUGAUGUAAGAGUUUGGCCUUUUGACUGGGGUUAAAUUCUCAGUGGGACCAGCUGUCCUCAGAUGAGUAUAUAUUUCUUGGUACUGUAAGGAGCUUUGGCUUUAAGCAUA